AUGAGAAUCUCUUCCAUCUUUUUCUCCUCCUAUCCAAACAAGCUCAUCACCUAUCCAAUAGGCUCUUCACCUAUUCAAAUAAGCUCAUCACCUAUCCCUCAGUUUAGUACACAAUUUAGUGAUGUUAAAGAGGUAGAUGAAAAUACAAGGGAAGCUAGAAUCCGAUGGACUGUCCAGGAAGAUAUUGUCUUGAUCAGUGGUUGGUUAAACACUAGCAAAGAUCCAGUCGUGGGCAAUGGGCAAAAGGGUGGUUCCUUUUGGGAGCGAAUUGCAUUCUACUAUGGAGAGAGUGAAGCAGUAGUGGGUAAACCAAAGAGAGGGGUCAGUCAAUGUAAGCAGAGGUGGAAAAAAAUAAAUGAGACUGUCAACAAGUUUGUAGGAUGGUACAACCAAGCUUCGAGUCGGAGAACCAGUGGCCAGUCAGAAGAUGAUGUUCUCCAAAUGGCAAACGAGUUGUACAUCAAUGAUCACAAAGUGAAGUUCUCUCUAGAGCAUGCUUGGAGGCUUCUUCGCCAUGAGCAGAAGUGGUGUUCUUCGAAUGCUUUGAAAGGACCUGAAAACUCCAAAAGAACAAAGCUUGAUGUGAGUGGCACAUAUUCCUCCAAGCUGUUGGACAAUUGUAUGCAUUGGGAAUGGAAGAAUUGUCCAACAGCUUGGAAAGGACAGUAUUCUCGUGGAUCUGGAAAACCUACAAUCGUUUUAGAGGCUGUGGCAUCGCAAGAUCUCUAG